AUGCCGUCUUCCAUCCCAUCCAAUCAUUCCAGCCGUCCGGAGGAUUUGAUCGCUCGGCUGAACUCCACUGCCGCGCCCUGCGAGGCUAAGCUGAAAGCAUUGAGGGACUUGAAGAACCAAAUUAUAGGAAAUCGUACAAAAAAGCUGGCCUUUCUGAAGCUCGGCGCGGUGCCAUACGUCGUCGCUGUUCUCUCCUCCUCUGCUGCCGCCGUCGCCCAGGUCAGCGAGGGUGGUAAUCUCGAGUACCAUGAGUCCGUAUUGGUUCAGUCCGCCGCCGCUAUUGGGAGCUUUUCGUGUGGAUUAGAUGCUGGAGUUAAGGCUGUGCUCGACGCCGGGGCUUUUCCUAUUCUGCUGAAGCUUAUUUUCCAUCGGAAUGAGAAGGUUGCUGAUGCGAGUGCACGUGCUCUAAAAAUGAUUUAUCAGUCAAGACUCACUCCUAGGUAUGAUUUUCACCAAGAGAAAAACAUAGAAUUUCUCCUUUCACUGCUCAACAGCGAGAAUGAGAAUGUUACGGGCCUUGGUGCGAGUAUUAUCACGCAUUCGUGCCAAACAAAUAUGGAGCAGCAGGUACUGAGUGAAGCUGGAGUUAUAAAGAAGCUCGUUUAUCUUCUUGGAGGUUCUCUAGUUCAGAGGGAUGCUAGCUUAGAGUCUCUGGCUGCAGUCAUCAAGGAUAAUCAUGAAGUUGCUUCAAGAUUCGUAUUGCCUGAAAAUGGAAGGGACCUAAAUGUGUUGAUUGAGCUUAUGACUGACAAGAAUCCUCGGACUAGAUUAUUGGCCUGUACUUGUUUGAUCAACAUAAGAAAUACUUCUGUAUCUUAUCAUCAAGACUCGGGAAUCAAGAACACAUUGAUCCUGGUAUUGCUUGAGCUUCUCGACGAUCCCAGUCAAGUUGGUGAUGAAACUCCUUUUGUGUUGUGUAAUUUGAUAGCCGAAAAGGAGGAUAUGCAGACCCAAGCAUUUGAAGCAAAUGUGGUGGAGAAAUUGUGUGAGAAUUUAAAAAAAUGUCCAUUACAGGUCAAACGUUUGCAAGGGAUAUUUUUGGCAUUGGCUGAUCUUUGCUCGGGGUUGGAAUGCUGCAGAGAGAGGGUUCUUCAUUUGAAGGUCUUAAACUAUGCAACAGAAGCAUUAGCUCAUGAUAGUGCCGAUGUUCGUUCUGCUGUGUGCAUUUUCUUGAAGAAUGUUUCUCGUUCUGUCAAGAAUUUAAGUGCAGGUCAUUUUAUGAAUGAAAGGGUCACCGUCCCUUUGGUUCAGCUGUUGAAUGAUUCUUCCAGUUUUGUCCAGAUUGCUGCUUUGCGCGCUAUUGGUAAUGUGGUGGUUGAUUUCAUGCAACGUAAAUCUCUGUUCAUGCAAUGUGGGGGUUUGAAACAACUGGUUCAGCUUUCAAGGUCCAUGGAAUCUGCUGUUAGAGUCGAUGCUGUAUUGGCUUUGAAGAAUCUUGCGUUCCAUGUAAACAACAGAUGUAAAGAAGAAAUUCUCUUGGAGUUAUCAACGUCCACAUUAACAAGCCUCAUCAGUGACCCUGAGGCUCCUGUCCAAGAGCAAGCUUUGGGUUUAGUUCGGAAUCUUGUGGAUGGUCCUUUGAAUUCAAUCGAGUACGUUUUCGGUGAAGGUGGUCUUCUAUUGCAUGCUAUUGGAAGGCAAUUGAAAAACACUUCAGCGGAAGUCCUGGUUCAAUGUAUGUACACACUCUGCAAUUUGGCCUCUGGGAACGAGCACCACAAAGAAGCCGUUAUGAGCCAACUUUUUCCACAGGCAGGCAAUGAAACGGAAACUGUUCUGAUCAAGUUGUUACAGAGCAGUAACAGCCAACUACGAACGGCUACUGUUUGGACUAUAGUGAAUCUCACUUUUCCGAGCAGUCCAGGUGUAUGUGGGCGGGUGACUGAACUGUGUAAUGCCGGUAUAGUCCCUCAACUAAAGAGCAUGGUCAAUGACCCUUGUUUGGAUGUAAAGGUGCGUGGGAGAUGUCUUGCUUGA